GAUAAUUUCAGAUUAACAGCCUCAGUCUACAGAUUACCAUUACUUCUUGUUCUGAAUCACUCACUUUAAAUCAUGUGUGUAAGGUGGUUGUGAUCCUGUUAGCCAACCGUAAGGAUAAAUAUGAUUGCGUGAAGAAGUACCUGUGUGCGGACUGUCCCACUCCAAGCCAGUGUGUGGUGGCUCGCACCCUCAGCAGACCUCAGACCCUCAUGACCAUAGCCACAAAGAUCUCCUUGCAGGUGAACUGCAAGAUGGAAGGAGAGCUGUGGAGCGUCGAGAUCCCGUGACUUCUCCUGCUCUUUCAGUUGAAGCACCUGAUGAUGUUGGUAUCGACUGAUACCACGACAGUGCCGCAGGAAAGAGAUCCAUCGGUGCACUGGUGGCCAGCCUCAACCCGGGCAUGUCCAGCUGCGCUGAAGGCCUACUUCAAAUACAACGAAUGUUUGCCGUCACGCAUCGUGGUGUACCGAGAUGGCGUGGGCGACGGCGUGCUGCUGAGCGUAGUCGACUACGAAGUGCCUCAGUUCACGCAGUCCAUCAAGGCCAUGGGCCCAAACUGACCGUGUUGGUGGUGAAGAAACGCAUCUCUUCCAGAUUCUUCGCUCUCCUCAACGCCAGACUGAGCGACCCUCCUCCGGGAACGGUCAUCGACGCCAAAGUCACGUGA